GUUACGCUGCCUCACAUCUAACAAAUCGAGUGAGACUUUCCAAGAGGCGACUCCCCAGUGUGGAGGAGCGUUAUUUACAAGAAGUACAAGGCGAAGGAUAAGAGGCAUGUCUCCAGAGGAUGACCUUCGAAGUCCCCCCCUUGGUUUCAGCGGUACCAGGGAGGAUUUCACUCUGAGUCGUGGCGACCUAGACAGCAGUCAUGAGCCUGUUGGUAGGACCAGGGCACGCAGCAGUCUCCAUACAGGAACCCCAGAGUGUGAGAUCAGCUGUCUCAGAGAUUUUGGCAAUAAAAAGAAUCCUUUCCUGAAAAUGCUAAUGGAUGCAGAAGCAGCUGCCAAUUCUGCAGCAAUCCAGCUAGUGUCGUUUAAAGACGCCAUGGACGAUGAGUAUGCUGAUUCAAGACAGUCUGCCAAAGAUAAACGCCGAAUUGCAAGACAGCGUGGGCUUCUGCUGGAAAAGCUAGAGGACUUUAGACGAAUUAAUAAGUCAGUGCGACAGAAACUGAAACAGCUCCAAGAGGCGGAGGCUAAUCGAAUUGAUGCAGACCAGCAGAUUGACACGCUGCUGAAGAAGAUCACGCAGGCUGAGAGUGAAAAUGAGAAUUUAAAGAAAGAUUUGAGUGAGAGUGAACAGAAGGUCAGGGAGCUGAUGGAUCUGCGGAGAAAAGAGCAGGAGAACAUAAAGAGUGCAGUUCACAUGACCAAGUCAGCAGAGGCAACGCGUGCUCACCUACAGGGACAGCUAUGCAACAAGGAAGCUGAAAACAAUCGCCUUACUGUACAAUUACGGGCUCUGGAGAGACUCAUAACUGAGCAGAAGCUGGAGACUGAUGAUCUGAAGGGGUCUAUCACCUCUCUGUCUGCGAAGGCAGCACAGGACAAAGAAUCUCUGAAGAAAGCCACCCGAGCUCAGAAACUGAGAGCGGAGAGAUUUGAAGCUGCUAUUGAGAAAUGCUACGCACAGCUGAGGGAAAAGGAUGCUCAGCUGGCCAAAGCCCAUUCAGAGAGAGACUCGAGGAGACGACAGAAGGAGCAGACGACAGAUGAGAAAGACAAACUCGUUGCUCAUAUAGACUUAUUGAAAAGUCAAAUUGCAGACUUGACAGUGAGAGUGCAGAAGGAGAAGGACGAGCUGGCUGCAGCAAAUGAAACUCUGAUGCAAAGGCUCGAAAAACUCAGCUUAGACAACGGAGAACUCGGCAUAAAUAAUGCAACACUCAAGGAAUCUGUAGCUCAGCUGGAGCAGCAGCUCGCUGAGUGCGAGUCUGCCCUCGUAGAGGAGAAGAUUGUCUCACAGGAGAAGAACCAUCAAGCUGAACAGUUCUGUUAUCAGGUUGCACAACUUCAAGCUGAGCUCCAUGAUCUAAAGAUAAAAUAUACAAAUCUUUUAAGAGAGACAGAAAAGACACGAGAUGGAAAAGAGGCAGAAGUUGAGAAGGUGAGGCAGGAGCUGCAGGGGCGCGUGGAGGAACUGAACGCUUACCCCGAGUUACUGAAUGCAGCUGAGCAGAGUCUCUUUGAGUGCCAGGAGAACCUGCAACGCUCGGAGAGGAAAUGCUCAGAAAAGUCAGAAUCCAUUAGGCAACUGCAGGUUAAGAUGGAGAGUCAAAGCAAACUGCUGAGAUCAUCUGCAGAGAUGAGGGAGUCCAUUCAUGAGGCCAACUUACAAUUACAAGAAAAAGUGAUUUCUAUCCAAAAAGACACAGACAAACUGCAGCAAGAGAACCUGGAGCUGGUACGGAGGCUCACGGCUCAGGAGGACGCUCUCAGCUACAGCAACCGGCAGCUGGAUCAGCGCUCGUCAGAGUGUCAGGCCCUCAGCCGACAGCUGGAGGCAGCUUUAGCGGACGUCAGACAACAGGUCACUAAGGUGAAAGAAGAGGCUGUUUCCAGGGAAGAGGCUCUUCAAACCAAAAUCCUGGAGCUGGGAGCCGAGAAGAGCAGAAGGGAAAGCGAGCUGAGGCUUCUUCGCCAGAGCAAGCUCAACGCAGAGAAGCAGUAUGAGGUGCGUCUGAAAGACCUGCAGCUUAGCCUGGACCAAUCAGAGAGCCACAAGCGAAGCAUUCAGAAUUAUGUCGAUUUCCUCAAAAACUCUUAUAAGGCCAUGUUUGAUGAAGGACUGCAAACAUCAACAUCUUAUUUUCUGAAAUGAUGGAGGUUUGCAUUUUAAAUCCUGAUUUGUUCUGCACUCUGAUAUUUAUUGGGUCUGUUUAAAAGGGCAACGUGGGGGUAACUAAAGCCUGAUAUUUGAUUGGUCUGAUCAGUUUCUACUUUUACAUUCAGAUUUUUGAACUGCAUUUCCAGGGAUCAAGUGAAUCUGCUGUUUUUUUUAAAAUACAGUAAUGUUUUCAAAUGUUUGUACAUCUUGAACUGUGAUGUUUUGGUGCUAUUCUGCCCUUAUGACAAGGAGCUUGUUGCAUAACUGUUACAUAAGAUUAGCCAAACUCUGAGUUGAGUAACACCUAAUAGUACUGUUGCAUAAAUAUUACACAUUUCAAGUGUAAAUGGAGGAUAGCAAAGACUACACUGGGCUGUAGGAAACCUCUUUUCAAUUUCUAUUAUUUUAUAAAUUUUAAUAGAUUAAUUUAUAAAAAACAAAACAAAAGGACUUUUCAGCAGGGUAAAAUGAAUUUGCUAGAAGGACUAGCAGUCAGGUUAUUUUAGGCACAAUGCAGUAUGUACUUGAUCUGUCUUAUGCAAGUGGCUACAGCUGAACGACUUUUUUCCACAGCCUGCAGCUGAACACCAACAAAAUUAUGACAGCAGUUGUUGGCCAAUGCAAGUGGUGCUUGAAAACUAAGCAUUUUAUUGGUGCUUACAUCCUUUUCAGUAACCUUUGUGUCUUUAUAUUGCAUUCAAACAGUGCACGUAUGCAAUAAAUUACAUGUGCCAGUAAAGCAGCAGGCACUGCACUCAAAUAAUGUUUGAUUGUAAGUCAGAUACAUUUUUGAUUAAAAUGUGAAUUUAUGAAUUGAAUGAAUUCAGAGUGAACUGAAAAAAUGCGAAUGUGAUGCAUGGCACAGUGCAUCACUGGUGGAAGGGUUUCCCAGCUGCCAGUAAUGGCUAUCUGCACUCUGCCAUAUUAAAGAAGCAGUACACUGUGUGUAGUACCUCCCAUAGGUGCCACCCAAACUUGCACAUUCUGUCAGGGUUGGGAUAUCUGAUAAUUCGCAAAAUUAUAAAUUAGCUCCUAAAGGCUGCCAGAAUAAUAUAAAUCCCAAUUCAAAUAUAACAUUCUUUCUAUCAGCAAUAAGCAGUUCAUACAUUUAGAAACAAAUUUCUGCUCCAUCUUCUCCACGGGCUUGAUCUUAUAACACUGAUAACUGUGGAAGCUUCCACGCCGUCAUUCCCAUCGUCAGUUCAGCAGAAAGCAAAACUUUUGGAUUCACAAAAAAAAAAAAAAAAAUCUAAUUUUAAUUGCAAAUGACUUUUUGUUUGGUCACAUUUAGACCCAGCUGUGUUUACCUGUGAUAGAAUGAUAGAAUGAAUCAGUAUUUCCAGCUGUGACUUUGUCCAUCACUCAUGAUAAAUCUUCUGCUCUGACUAGUGAAGCUGAUUCAAAAUUCAGCAUCUUUACAUAGAAACUUUUAAUUUCACUGUUUUCCUCCCGGUGCUGGAAACAGGCAUGAGUUUGUUUGUUUGUUUGUUUGUUUGUUUGUUGGUAGUGGCCAUAGCAAAGGUGUGGUGUGCACUGGUUGUGUUUUAUAUUGGGAAUCUCAGCUGGACUGAGAAUGAUUAUGUGUAACCAUUAGCUGUGAAGUCCAUGCCUUUAGGUUGCAAAUGUAACCACCCACUUCUAACUCUGUUGUUGGUUUGUCUAAUAAAAUCUUAUAUUACUCUGGCCUGGAGGCAAACACAAGAGCUCCGGUAUCAGCUGCAGCGUGACUUACCGAGAUUUACCGAAAAACUGAGCCAUAAAUGUACCGCGUUUAUGUCUUUUUGUUCUCUCACUGUUGCUUGUGCUUCCCUGCUGUAUCUAUGGUAAUAAACUACUGUGAGUCCAGA